AUGGCCAACACGACACUGCCCCUCAUACGCGCUCGCUUCUUCGCACAUGUGGAAUGUCUCCGCCCGGAUUUGGUGCCGCCGAUCUCUGCGCGUCCUACGCCCGACGCGAUGCGAGCACUACUUGACUGGCCGGACUUCGUCCACGUACUGGCUGCAUUCACUAAUGCAGUUCUCUCUGUCUUUACCUCGGUGAAAGAUAUCGAAGCAUUGAAGGGAGAUUUUGAAGGCAUUAUCGUCGAGCGCAAGAGCCGCUUCAAGAGAUUCUUCUCGGCAAAGCGGCACCGCGAAGAGCUGAAGGACGUCGUGGAACAGCUCGAGACCGCCAGAUCGAACUAUACUACUGCAUUGGCCACGCUGAACGCCAUGACGAUCGCCCAGGUCAAUAGCGAUGUGAGGGCUAUCGCACUCGUCCUGGACGCGCGCCCGAUAUACAUUCCCGGCACGCGUUGCGCGCAGGAUGUCACAUUACUAAGUGGCGCGAACCGAUUCGAGGAGAUUUGA